UCCAACUGAAGAGCGGCGGACCAAACCACCCCGGCAGCGCGAGACGUCACACGCACCGGGGCGCGAGGGCUAGCGUUUAGCUUCACCAGGUAACCGGGCCGGAACCGAGAUAACCCGCUGCGGGGGGUUUAUGAGAAGGUUUGGUCUGCAGUCCGUGGUGUGCAUGGGAGCAUGUCGAGCGUGGGUCAGGACAGAAGCAGCCGAUGGCAAGAGAUCGAGAAAGGGCUGCAGUUCAUCCAGUCCACCCUGCCGUUCCCUGGUAGUCAAGAACAGUAUGAGAUAUUUAUCCAGGACCUGGUGAGGAAUCUGUUCGGGGAGGGAAAUGAUGUGUUUCAUGAGGGUGAAUGGGCACGUUCAGUCGAGCUGUACACAGAGGCCUUAAACAUAGCAGAGUAUGCAGGUUCAGAAGAUAUCCUCAUAGCUUGUGAGCUGAGGGAGAAGCUCCAUGCCAAUCGUGCUGCAUCGUACUUAAACAUUGGUCUGCAUGACCAAGCACUGGUGGACUGUGAAAAAGCACUUCAGCUUAAUGACAAAAACCACAGAGCGCUCUAUCGGAAGGCCAGGUCCCUGAAGGAGAUGGGAAGGCAUCAAGACGCCUAUGAGGCUGUAGCCAAGUGCUCCAUGGCAGUGCCUCAGGAUACAAAUGUGAUUCAGUUGACUCAGGAGCUUGCCAAAAUGUUGGGCCUGAAGAUUCGUAAAGCCUAUGUCAGGGGAAAGCCUGCCUUAAAUGUGUUGUCUGGCUCAAGUAUUUCCGGAGCAGCAAAUGAAAAGCAGUCACAGACCUCUGCUUCUGUGGAAGAUAUUGAAACAGAUGCCUGCCACUCUAACCAGGCUAUUGCUUCUUCAAUGCCUGUAAGCAUGCCACUGUGCCCUCCUGUGAGUGAGAAAGUAGAAGUGGAGCCUCCGCCUGCCCCUGUCAAUAUUAUGCCCUCUGUACCCCCUAUUGAGCCACAUAACCCUGAGCCCAAUCCAAUGUCCGUGCAUAUGCCUUUGGUUAAUGGCUCGAGACCUAGUGAGUCCUAUGCAGUUCCAGAGCCACAGUUGGACUUUGAUGCAGAGAUUAUUGGGGAUGAUCUGGAUGAGUUACUUGAUGCAGCUCCUGCUGAUCCCUCUGUGGUCAUUCCUACAGUGAAAGGUCCCCUUCCUUUACCUACCAGUAUUGCCAGUGUAAGUUCCAUGUCUGCAUCUCUUCAUUUACCCCCCCUGCUGAGCCAUCCAAUGCUAGUGGCAACCCAGUGCACUGUGAAUCUCCCAGCACCCUACAACAAACCAGUAUCGUCAAGCUACUCCCUCGGCCUGGAUACGUUCGCUUCUCCGCUGGAUUCGCUGGAUAGCUUGUCUAUUUCAGAACCUCAGUCAGGUUUUGGCCAGCAUACAUUUAUGAUUGGAAGCAAUGAAAUAACCUUACCCCCCAUGCCACCCAUGGGGAUGCCUUUCGGUAUGCCGGAGAGCAGCAGUUAUGCCCAGGAGCUUCCACCACAAGUGGACUUGGCCAAGAAUCCACUCGCCGACACUCAUGAGUUUAAACAAGCCUGCUCUACAUGCUUCAGAACUGGGCCUGGAGUUCUUGAUUUUUCCUAUCAUCCAGAGGACCAUAAAUGUAAAAAGGACUUGUUGCUUGGAAGACUCAAACAUUCAGAUAACCUUACAUGGAAACUGAUUCGUCCUAGGCCAACCAAAAACCAGUAUGUGGGGCCGUAUUAUAUUUGCAAAGAUGUAGCCAAUGGAGAAGAGUGUAAGUACCGUGGUCACUGCACUUUUGCCUAUUGCCAAGAAGAGAUUGAUGUCUGGACUCUGGAGCGCAAAGGCUUCAUCUCUAGAGACCUGCUGUGUGAUCCGUAUGGGGCUAGGAUGAAGGUCACUUUGUCGGUCCCCAAAAUCCUACAGGAGCACCAAGGGAUAUUUAUGUUCCUUUGUCAGGUGUGCUUUGAUCACAAACCCAGAAUAAUCAGCAAACUCAAUAAGGACAACCCAGCUGUCUGCUCUCAUCCAGUGACAAAGCAUGUGUUUGAAGAACACAAGUGCCUGGUGCAUGUUUUGAAGGAUGUCACCCUAAGCUACUCCAAAAUUCGCCCAUACUUUCCAACCUGUCAGUUAGACCUGUGUAGGCAUGCGGUACGGUAUGGCUGCCAGAGAGAGGACUACUGUUUCUACGCCCACAGCCUCAUCGAGCUCAAAGUGUGGGUGAUGCAGCGUGAACAAGGCAUUACCCAUGAAAGUAUUGUCCAGGAGGCAAAGAAGUUUUGGAAUAUUGAGUCCAACUCUCAAGUACAGGAGCUGCAGCUCUCCUUAAAGAAGUUCGGUCCUUCCAAUCUUAAGAUGCAGUUUGUGUGUGAGCAGUGCUGGAGGAACGGUCAGGUCAGCGAGCCUGACAAGAACAGGAAGUACUGCAGUGCUAAGGCCAGGCACAUAUGGUCCAAAGACCGGCAGGUGGUGCUGGUUAGCUCCAUUGAAAGAAGGAAGUGGAUACAGAUGCGUUCUCUCCCAAUCAGAAAGCCUGCACCUUCUCAAUUUGAGAUUUGCAUGCAUGUGGCUGCUGGCAAGAAGUGCCAGUACAUUGGGAACUGUACCUUUGCCCACAGUCCAGAAGAAAAAGAUCUCUGGACGUACAUGAAAGAUAACAAUAUUGCAGACAUGGGGCAGCUUUAUGAGCUGUGGCUGCAGUCUCAGAAGCCAAGCUGCUCUGCUGAGGGCUCGAGCAGUUCUACCAAGGAGAAUGGCAAGCAGAUUCACUUACCCACAGACUACGCAGAGGAAAUUGCUGGUAAUCACUGCUGGCUGUGUGGGAAGAACUGCAACAGCGAGAAGCAGUGGCAGCAGCACAUCACUUCAGAGAAGCACAAGGACCGCGUGUUCAACUCUGAGGACGACCUGAACUGCUGGCAGUAUCGCUUCCCAACAGGAACCUUCAAAGUCUGCGAGCGGUUCCGGAUCGGUACAUGCACCGAGGAGGAGCUCUGUAAACUGGCCCACGGAGAGGAGGAGCUGAAGGAGUGGCAGGACCGGAGAGAAUUCCUAUUGCAGAGACUUGCCAAAGCACGGAAUGAUCACUUGCUAGCACCAAAUGAUAACGACUUUGGCAAAUAUAGUUUUCUGCUUAAAGAUUUAAAGUAAUUUUUUAUUAAUUUGGCGAAUCUUCACAAGGUGUUCAGAGCAAAAAUAAAAUUUGGAUUACAGUAUUGAAGCAGAUGAGCACGUGUGAUGCUCCUUGCAGUUAAAGAGAGGGGAAGAGCCCCCUCGAGCUCUUUCUCUGUUUGAAUUUAAUGGAAAGCACAGAGCUGGCCUUGUGUUCUAUGUAAUCAUGGCUUUGUUGCUUUCAUCACAGAGGGAGAAAACAAAACGCACUAUUGCCUUUUAUGUUUAAGUUCCUUAGGUGUUGCACGAUGGACUGCUUUUUACGAAAUUUGCAGAUUAUGAUCAGGCCGAGAACACCAAAGAAGUAGUCUGGAGCCCUAUUUGGACUGGAUUAGUUUUACCAGGGGAGGUGGGAUAGUGUACUUUUACUACAGGAAGGCAGGGAAAGAUGAAUGAUGAAUGAAUGAUUUGUAAAGGAUUAGAAAUCUGGGUAUAAACAAGAGAUGGGAGUGGCUUCUCCAUUUAUGCACAACCGUUAAAAUGUAAUUACAGCUCCAUGUUUAACACGCAUGACUUGUAAUGACACAGACUUGUCUAGUUGCACAAGCUGCACAUCUUUGGUUUGUCUUCUGGAUUUAAGUGCUAGAUUUCUUAAACUUCAAACCCAGGGUAUCUGUGUAAUGCAUGACUAAACUAAACACCCCCUCAAGCACCUCUGUACUUGAGAAAAGCUGCCAAAACUCAUAAUCUACAGUAUUUUAUAGAAUAUUUAGCUAAAUGUGAUUGAUCUGCAUGUCUUUACUGACGCAGGAGUUCACAGUCUGAGAUAACGACUGAUGAUACAUUCAUACUAGACUAAAAUCACUGGCAAACUCUGGUAAUAAUUACAUAACCCCUCCUCCCCAUAAAAAAAAAAUCUCAUCCUAAUAGGGCUCAAGAAGUAUAAACAUGAUUGGGCAAAACUGACGGAGUCUGUGAGUUUGAGAUAUGGUUGAUUUUCUUUCUUUCUUUUUCCACUUAACGUAAUUUUCAGUUUUUGUCUUUUUGUUUUCCUUUAUAAUUGGAAUUUGGGGUCCUAUUAAUUGGUUUUAUUUCAUGGAGGUAUGUUUAUUUUAUAAUUUCACUGUUGUAUCUGUUGAAUUACAAUGUAUGUUUUAGACAGAUUAUACAAAUCUACCAAAUACCCACAGAAUUAUUCAUUUUCUAUCACGGAUGCAGAGAAACAGGACAUGCACAAGCUGAAAUGCAAACAAAACAAAGCAUGAAGAAGCAAAUAACUGACAUGAUGGCACUCAGCAUGAUCAACUGUAGUUUUAAUGGUUUUCUAAUUGGUUUCUUCAGUAUCCAGGCAGCUGUUCCAUCUUGCCUCCUGUGUUCCUGUUCUGGCCUCGGCGUGACCGGUUCCCUUUUUUUUUUACAGUCCUUUUUGAUUUAAUGUUAAAGAACAGUGGUAUAAGAAAAGCAGUUCAGAGCAGUCCUGUUUGUUGGUCUAACCUGUCUGGACAUCAGUGCCAUUAAACGUUUGUAUUCGUAUUAGGUAUUAUUGAAAUUCAGUGGCAGACUCUUUAUUAAAGGGCUGGAAGGUCAUAAGGCUAGAAUAAACCAUAAUGUACUGCACUUUCUUUAUUGUGUUGAACAUUGGAAUGAAACAUUACAUAAAGAAAUGGUUAUAUAGGGAUUAAUGUAUCUAAUAUUGCAUACCUGUAGAAUAAAGUGUAUUUUGCUUC